UGGAAAGACGGGAAAGCAAACAAUUUCCAGGCCCGCCGCGUCCAGCCCGAAAUAUGGGGAAAAAAUUACAGAAAAAUCGGAGAACACUGUAAAGGGUGGAAACGGGGCGCAGAGGGGAUGCUGAGGCUCCCGCGACCAGUAAAAAUGGGAAGUACUGGAUUCUGGUUUCCUCCAAGAAGAGUCAGCGGAACUGGUUAAGACCAAAAUCUGAGGACUUUAGUGGGCAAACAUCAGUCCCCUUUUGCUUUCUUUUACGACCACAUGAAACUUGAGAAGCCAUCUAAAGCUAAAUCAUUUAGUGGAGUUGGGCAAUUCCCAAGUGUCCAACAAGAAGGCCUGGUUUAGGCUGCGAUGGCCACUGUCAUUCCUGGUGAUUUGUCAGAAGUAAGAGAUACCCAGAAAGUCCCUUCAGGGAAACGUAAGCGUGGUGAAACCAAACCAAGAAAAAACUUUCCUUGCCAACUGUGUGACAAGGCCUUUAACAGUGUUGAGAAAUUAAAGGUUCACUCAUACUCUCACACAGGAGAGAGGCCCUACAAGUGCACACAACAAGACUGCACCAAGGCCUUUGUUUCUAAGUACAAAUUACUAAGGCAUAUGGCUACUCAUUCUCCUGAGAAAACCCACAAGUGUAAUUAUUGUGAGAAAAUGUUUCACCGAAAAGAUCACCUAAAGAAUCACCUACAUACACACAAUCCCAACAAAGAGGCCUUUAAGUGUGAAGAAUGUGGAAAGAACUACAAUACCAAGCUUGGGUUCAAACGUCACCUGGCUUUGCAUGCUGCAACAAGUGGUGACCUCACCUGUAAGGUAUGUUUGCAGACUUUUGAAAGCACAGGAGUGCUGCUGGAGCACCUAAAAACUCAUGCAGGCAAGUCAUCGGGUGGAGUGAAGGAGAAAAAGCACCAGUGUGAACACUGUGAUCGUCGGUUCUACACCCGAAAGGAUGUCCGCAGACACAUGGUAGUGCACACUGGAAGAAAGGACUUCCUCUGUCAGUACUGUGCACAGAGAUUUGGGCGGAAGGAUCACCUCACGCGCCACAUGAAGAAAAGUCACAACCAAGAACUUUUGAAGGUCAAAACAGAGCCAAUGGACCUUCUAGAUCCCUUUACCUGCAAUGUUUCUGUGCCUAUUAAGGAUGAGCUGCUUCCAGUGAUGUCUUUACCUUCCAGUGAACUGACAUCAAAGCCAUUUACAAACACUUUGCAAUUAAAUCUCUACAACACUCAGAUUCAGUCCAUGCAGAGUUCUGCAUCUGCACACCAAAUGGUUGCCACAUCGUUACCAUUGGGAAUGCCUUGUCCAAUAGAUAUGGAGUCUGUCCACCCUUCUCACCAGCUAUCGUUGAAAUAUCCGCUCGGUACUACCUCAUACGCAAUUUCUAUGCCUGAAAAAGAACAGCCAUUGAAAGGGGAAAUUGAAAGUUACUUAAUGGAGUUGCAAAGUGGUAUGCCUUCUUCAUCCCAGGAUUCUCAAGCAUCUUCAUCAAAACUAGGGCUGGAUCCACAAGUAGGUCCACUAGAUGAUGGGUCUGGGGAAGUUUCCCUUUCCAAGGGCUCCGUUCCUAUUAGCGAACCUCUAAACGCCCCAUCAUUGGACUUUUCUCAGCUGUUCAACUUCAUACCUGUAAAUGGCCCUCCUUAUAAUCCUUCUGUUUCAGUGGGGAACCUCGGGAUGAGUUAUACGCAAGAGGAGGCACAUUCUUCUAUGACUCAACUUCCACCACAAACCCAGGAUCCACAAGAUCCUAGCAAUAGUAUAGGUCUUGGGUCUCUGCACUCAUUGUCAGCAGCUUUCACAAGCAGUCUAAGCACAACCACCACCCUACCACGAUUUCAUCAAGCUUUCCAAUAGGAUGUACAAAGCUGGCUUGUUAACUGUCUAUUUGUAGAAAUGCCUUAGGUGACCAUUUUUAACUUAGUGCCUACUAUCAGACAUUAUAAAUUCUCUGCUUUUGUACAGUACCAAUCUCAUGAAGCCAGUAAGAAAUUUAAAUUAACUUUUUUUAAGUGUUUUGAAAGUGUUUAUUCUCAGCUGUGUUUACUUUGGUUUGUUGUUUUUUUUUUUAAACAGUCUCAUUGUAUUGUUUUCAUUUUCACUGCCAAUUUACACAUUUAAAAUGUUCAGUAGAAAGUCAUCCCAAGCAAACUCACAACACUCAUCCCGUUUUUAAAACUUUUUCAACCAUACCAGCUAUUCUGUUUUAUUGAUGUCAGUGGCAGAACUGCCACUUUUAACUUUUAAUAUAUUUUACUAUUUGCAAAUAAUCCAUUUAAAAUAUGUAUUACAAGGAUUCCUGAGAUUUGGGAAAAAAAUUCUCCAGUCUGUUUCCAAACAAGUCCUCUUCCCAAAUGGUGACACAUUUGACCUGUUCUACAAUGACAAAUCUAAAUUUUUAAAAUAAAUAUAGAAUUCAGAUUUUUCUGAAAACUUGUGUGUGUAUAUAUAGAAGUCCAUAUAUACACAUGUACAUAUAUAUAGCAUUUUGACUUGUAUUGAAGUCAUUAUAAAAGUUGUUAAGAAUUUUGCCAUUUUCUGGCUUAAAUUUUGGUGGCCUGUUAUGGAUAACAGAAGAAAAAAAAUUGUAUAAUUCUCUAAAAUUAGGGCUGAACAGAAUUUCGACAGAGAAUCUCUGCUUGCCUAAAUGACAUGUUUCAAGUUGAAUUUGAAACUGUGUUGUUCUGCUUUCGUGACUCUGGUAUAGGGAAACAGGCAAAAUUAAUGGCUGAUCUUGAAAUAUAAGUGUUGUAAUGUAGUAAUGCAGAAUAUUUUGUCGCAGUUUUUUGUUUUAAUUCUUAACUUGCUGUUUUUUUCUCUUUAGUAGCAUAGAAAGAGUACUGCAUAGGAACCUUCCAGUAGUGUUUUCACAUUUGUAGGCGUCAGUCUUCUCCCCGCUGCCACCGCCAAAGGGUGGAUCAAGUCCAGCCAGAAAGUGUGUACCUAUUUUCAGUUCAAAACUAGUGUGCAGUCAGAAAGUGAAUGUAAAUUUGCAACUACCAGUUUGUUUUUGUUUUGUUUUGUUUUGUUUUUAUUGGAGUGAUCUUUUCAAUUGUGUUACAUGGUGUGUUAUGUCCUCCUAAGCAACAAGUUAGAUGUUAAUCACACUUUCUACACCUGGGUACUUGGUUAGGGACUUUUUGCCCAUUGCCAAGAUUUAAAGACAGGACUCUUAGGAGUGAAGUAAAAGCAUAUUGCUUACACCACUUUUACCUAAUGCAAUAUAUUCUAUUCCCCAACCCCUAAUAACCAAAAGAGGAAAAAAAAAACCCCUAAAAAAACAACCAACCCUGUGAUGCAUAAAAGCAAACUAGAUUUGCUGUAAUUCAACAAUAACAUUAUUUUCCUUGUCAUUUUUGUACAAGGAAUUAAAAAAUGGAUAUUGAGUACAUUAGUAUCUCUCAAAAAAUAAUGAGGAUUCAUAUAAGGUUUUAAGUGGUUAAACUAAAUAUACUUCACAGAAACAAAAGUUGCUCCCAUUUAAGGAGCUCAUGCUCCGGAUGUUUUAUCAGUAGCUCCUACUGGUUUUUUUUAAUGCUAGGAGCAAUAUGCAGGUGUAGUUUUACUAUUUUAUACAUAUGUGUAUUUAAAUUUUAUUACUGAAAAAAUAACAUUUUUAUAAAUGUGUUUGUGUUCCAAAGGCAUUAAAAUAAGGAUGUAUUAAUAAGGAAAAUACCUUUUGAAAUUCUGCAAACUACUCCUAGAUUUUGGGUUUAGGAGCAUGUUAUCGCAAAGUGGGCAUUUAGCUCUGCUUCACGACUGCUUCCUCUGGUUUCUGUGAAACAGAUUGCUCGCUUACUUACAUCUUUAGUUGAAUGAUUUGUUCAAUAUUGCUUUUUUUCCAUUCACCUUUCUAAAGGAAAGAAAAACACAGAUGAACAGAGCACAAGCUGAAUGCAGCCGAAUGUAACUCUAGUUUAUAUGAACGACCGUAACGCAUCUAAGAAAAACUUGGGUUUAUUCUCAAUCCUUUUAAUCUGAGAUGAAGAUAAAUGGACUUAAUUCCUCCAGUGGGUUAUGUCCCCCGUGGAGCUGAGCAUCUGCAACUCUCCCUGCAGCAGAGGAAAGCUGUGUGUGCUUGGCAUCCUGCAGCUGGCCCAGCAGUGUGGCCAGGCAGCACUGCCCUCCCUGGGCAGCCUCUGGCACACAAAUAUCCAGUCUGGAGCCACUUUGUUAUCGGCCCCAGCUGCCAAAGGACUUCAUAAAAAACAAAACCCACAGACACCUUGCCAACACCCAUUUCUUAGUGCGUAGCCAGAACCCUUACUACUUUGUUCGUGCCUUAGCUUCCUGAAAAGGGAUUGACAUUUCACUUGGAGUUAGAUGUACAUUUCACUUGAGAAAUAGAGACCUCAGACAAGAUAUUGAACCUCAUUCAGUCAGGGUUUCAGUGGGUGGCUGCACCCAGAGUGUUUGCAGCUGAACUGGGAUGUAGGGUAAGGUGGAAGCAGACUGACCCUUUAAGCAAUACCAAUACCACCAGAGUGCUUUUGAGCAUCACUUAGGCAGAGCCAAUAUUGGCCACUAGUAAACCAUCAGUUUUUAAACCCCGUUUUCUUGAUUUCCCUUGGAUUCUUGGUGGGAGGGGGGAGGGCUGGCUGAUCAUGCACCACUCUUUGUGCAACUUCUAAACUUCUAGUAAGGUUGUUUUGUUGUUGGUUUGUUUUUUUGUUUUUUUUUUUUAAAUAUAUAUAUUUUUGUGUACUUGUUGCUUGUGCUUUAUUUAGUAGUAAAUUGUGGAAUAGAGUGAUUUAUUGUUAAUUUGGCAGUAGCGGUUUUUAAAAACCAUAUACUGACUGAAACAUGAGCCAGAGCUGAUUGCUUUAUUAAGCUAAUAAUGAAUGUUAAGAGUACAUAUUUUCAGGAUCAUUUGCCUAGUGAGCUAAACUUGUAUUAUAGGCCAAUAUUUUUUAAAAUAAAGCUUGGUCAACCUCUAUGUUACACAUAUUACAAGAUAUAGCACUUUCAAAAAAGAAAACCUAAACCUUUUAAGAAAAUUUCUUACAGGUUAUGCUUUUUAUUAUAAAACCUUUUAUUAUAAUUUGUUUCAAGUGCCAUUAGAUUACAUAUAUGUAGGCCUUUGGUAUAAUGCUUUGUGUACAAAAUGGUAGACAUUGUAAUUUUAAACAGGUACAUUUUUACAGUGUUUUCUUAUCAAUUUGCUAUAUUGCACAGAACCAGUGUGUCUUUCUUAAGGGUUUUACAAUGGUUUUUACUAGGUUUACAUGUUUCAAACUACACUGUCUUCUACUGCCAUUUUGAAUACCAGUCAGAAACAAUUAGGAGUUUGUCCUCACCGUUUGCAAACUGUGUCUUCUGGAGUUCUUGAUGGUAAACUUUGUCAAAAAUAUUUAACAUGCAGUAUUUGAUACAGAUUUUUUUUAAUCACAUCCUAUCAUCGCUAUGCUGCUGUCUGAAGUUAACUUUGGGCCUGAUCCUGCAUCCAUAAAUGUUGAGGGGAUCCUGCAUCCUUUGUUAUGUCUGUCUCAUACACUGGUUUAGCAGCAUCUCCUGUAUUCUUCUCAGUCUAUAGAUAAGCCUCUGAAAUAUAUGUACUUAUCUGGUAUGUAGUAAACCAUUAUAGGCUUAGCUGCCCGUCCUGCUUCCCCCAGUGUACAGUUUAAACCACAGCUUACUUAGCAUCAUGCUCAACUUACAAGUAAUGCCACAGUAGUUCAAAAUGUGUUUGGGUAGUCCCAAAGCUUUUAUGCAAUAAGGGUGUCUUACUUUUGUUGGAAGGCAGUGUCUUUUGAUAACAGUUAUCUAGCCCUGGAAGUGACACAGAACUAUUGCUAAUCAUAUGUAAACACUUUUCAGUAUAAGCUUCAGUGGUACAGUUGAACCAGAGUGAAUGUUUAUCUCCUCAGAAACACUCCUGCAAUAUUGUUAUAUUGGAUCAUGCUGCUAAUGUAACUUGGGAUACAACUCCUCUCAUGGUGCUACAAACCUCCCUGUCUCAUUCAGAUGUAUUUUUACCCAUAGAAAAAAAAGGACUAUACUAGACCUAUAGUUGUAUGAUAUAUUUUUAUACUGUGACUGAAUUUGUCAUUAAUGAACUUUGUGCAACACCACAAUGUAUUCAUAUGCACUUGCAAAAGUAAAAUUUUGGACAUGCAAAUUUAAACGCUGACAAGCCCAGCUCUUGUUCACAAAAAUAGGUGACUGCUAGUUAAUGUUAAAUGUGGGCUUUUUAUAUGGUGUGGAGUGAAGAACAUACUAUAUGUUACUAAAAGCCUUAGACAAAAACUAGGAAGAGUAUAUUGGUGAAUGAUGUCACACCCAAACCUGACUCGGAUUGCUGAUUUUUAGCUACUAGAAAAAUUGUUUGGACUUGUAUGCUAAAAUGUUUUUAAUGAUAAAAGUUUUGAGUCAAAAAAAAAAAAAAAAAGAGAAAAAAAAAAAAGAACACAGAAAACCCUGCAUUCCAGACUGAAUUUGUAUAUGUUUCUUGCAUUUAAAAUUUGCUAUCCUGUGAUAUGGGAAAUUGAGUUGCUUUUCAUGUAUAUGUACUUUAAAAUGUAUUCACAAACUACUGUUGUAUUUGUAUAAAAUAUAGACAAAAAGAUUGCAUAUAUAUUUUUGUGUAUAAGCUCUGUAAAAUAGCAAUCACGUUAUGAAGCUGCAGCAGAACUUCAUUUUAAACAUUCACAUCCAAAGAAACAGACUAUUUAUUGUCCACAUACCCUGAUUAUAAAAUAUACCUUGCUGCUAUUAAACAAUAGUGCUGCAGCUUCUUGUGGCCUACAGUGUUAUGUUUGCUGUACAAAAAUAUGUGAACUCCACAAAAUAUAUCAAUAAAAUUACAGAAUGGUUUUAGUUAAUGAAUAACUUAUGCCUGGCAUUUCAAUAGAUAAUCUUGAUUUGCGUGUUUGGGAUUACAAGAAGUAAUUACAGAGUACGUCCAGUUUUGCUGGGUGUAGUUUGCAAAGGCAUAAUUGUCUUUAUAAUUUAUGACUGGUAAAAUGUCAGUUUUUCAGAAAAUCUUAAAGCAUAAAUAUCUGCAUUUCAUGAUUUCGCCAAGGAACAAAUGGGAUGAUGCUACUGUGUCUGUGACAAGACAGAUCUGAACUGAAGGAAGCAAUUGAG